GUAAAUUGGAAUUUUUUGAACUACAUGAUGGUGAAGUUUGGAUUUGGGGAGAAAUGGAGGGGAUGGAUGGCAGAAUGUCUAUCUUUAGCACAUGUUUCUAUUUUGGUAAACGGAAGCCCAACAGAGGAGUUUAGGAUGGAGAGGGAUCUAAGACAAGGGGAUCCUCUAUCUCCAUUCCUAUUUCUCUUAGUUGCUCAAGGCCUGCACUGUAUGAUUCAAAAGGCAGUGGUUGAAGGCUUAUUCGAAGGUAUUAAUGUGGGCUCGAGAAACCUUCAUAUCUCACACCUUCAGUUCGCGAGUGACACUGUGAUCAUGGGCAAGGCUAGAAUGGACCACAUUCGGACAGUGAAAGGUAUUUUAAGGUGGUUCGAAUUGAUAUCGGGGUUGAAAGUUAAUCUCAAGAAAAGUAGUCCUUAUGCAUUCAAUCCAGGGGACAACUGGUUAUCAAGGGCAGCUAACUUUUUAAAAUGCAAAAUGGGUGAAAUUCCAUUUCUUUACUUGGAAAUGCCAGUUGGGGAAAACUCGAGGAGAAGGAUGUGGCUACCAGUGAUAGAAAAUUUCUAUAAAAAGCUUGCUAGCUGGAAAGCUCAAUCCCUGUCUUUUGGUGGUCGUUUGGUUCUCCUUAAAUCAGUACUUUCUUCUCUCCCUUUGUAUUAUUUAUCUUUGUUUAAAAUUCCUACUUGUGUGCUGAAAAUUAUUGAAAAAAUUCAAAGAGACUUUUUAUGGGGUAUGUCUGGGGAAGGGGAAAGGAAGAUUUGUUGGGUGAGAUGGGAUUGGGUAUGUUUAGCAAAAGAGAAGGGAGGUUUAGGGGUUAGGGAUUUAAGGAAAUGCAACUUAGCACUGCUUGGAAAGUGGUGGGCUAGGUUUGUGGAUGGCUCGGAAGGAUUGUGGAAGAAAGUUCUAUUAGGAAAACAUUAUGGUGCAGGGGGAGAAGUGGGCGUAGGAGAAAUUGGGAGGAGAAGGGUAUCAAAAAUAUGGGAAGAUAUUGUAUCCUUAGGAAAGGAAGGUAGUGAGAUGAUGGGGAUUGUGGGGAAUAGCUUUACUUGGGAGGUAGGUGAUGGUAAUAGAGUUAAGUUUUGGAAAGAUGUCUGGUUGGAAGGGAGAAAUCUUGGGAUGGAUUUUCCAAGAUUAAAAAAUGUGGCAACGAAUGUUGAUAUAAAAGUUGGAGAGAUGAGGGAGUGGUGUGAGGGGGUUUGGAGAUGAAAGACAGAUUGGAGGAAGGAGUUAGUAGGGGGGGCUAGAGAGGAGGAGAUAUCAUUAUUAGCACAAUUAGAAGGAGUAACAAUAAGGAAGGGAGUAGGAAUUAGAAGAAUUUGGAAACAUGAUAAAAGUGGAAACUAUUAUGUGAGGAAGGCUAUCUCAAUGCUAAUUGACAAUCAAAGAGUGAUGGACAAUGUCUUAUGCAAAGCAAUAUGGAAUAAAUUUUUGCCUGGAAG